CACUCAGUCAGUGCUCGCCCGCGGUGGAGGCCGUACGCCCCACGGAACAAUCUACUUGUCUUUGUCACGUAGGCAUGCGUUAAAGUUGACAGUUGUUUAUUGUGUAGAGUCAAGAUGAAAGUGGACAAAGAGCUAUGCGUGGCGGGGCCGGAGACUGUACCUAUUAUCUCCGACAGGAAGGGCAGCCUGAAGGUGGCCAUCACGCCGCUGCAGCACAAGACCCUCACACACUUGCCGAAACGACCGCCAGUGGACUUGGCCUUUGAGGACCUCACUUACAGGGUCCAGGAGGGACGAAAGAGCAAUGUGAAGACGAUUCUGAAGUCGGUGUCGGGGCGGCUGCGGUCGGGCGAGCUGACGGCCAUCAUGGGGCCCUCGGGCGCCGGCAAGUCCACGCUGCUCAACAUACUCACAGGAUACAGGACGUCAGGAAUGGAAGGCAGCAUCACAGUGAACGGCAUGGAGCGGAACCUGUCGAGCUUCCGCAAGCUCUCGUGCUACAUCAUGCAAGACAACCAGCUGCACGGCAACCUGACGGUCGAGGAGGCUAUGGCGGUCGCCACCGCGCUCAAGCUGCCCUCUGCCACCUCUAAGGCUGACAAACGCGAAGUGAUCCAGGAGAUCCUGGAGACGCUCGGUCUGGCGGAGCACCACAAGACCAUGACAUCGAAUCUCUCCGGAGGACAGAAGAAGCGUCUCUCCAUAGCCCUCGAGCUGGUCAACAACCCGCCCAUCAUGUUCUUCGACGAACCGACCUCGGGCCUCGACAGCUCCUCGUGUUUCCAGUGCAUAUCUCUGCUGAAGACGCUAGCGAGUGGAGGAAGAACUAUAAUAUGCACGAUCCAUCAGCCGUCUGCUAGAUUGUUCGAGAUGUUUGAUCACCUGUACACGUUGGCCGAUGGACAAUGCGUGUACCAGGGCAGCACGGGGAAAUUAGUGUCAUGGCUAGGCAGUUUGGACCUGCAGUGCCCGUCGUACCACAACCCCGCGUCCUUCAUCAUCGAGGUGUCGUGCGGCGAGUAUGGGGACCACACCGGCAAACUAGUGCGCGCCAUUGACAACGGAAAACACGACAUUAGAAACGGCCAACCUUUCCCUGAGGCGAAACUGCCCAACCUGAACAACAAAGAAGACAUGCAGAACUCUCUGAACGCGGAGUGGAACAAGAACGACCUGUCGCAAGUGCAAGAGAAGUUCAAAGAGGACAAGUCUAACGGGUCGAACGGCACCGGCGCUGGAAACUUGCACAACGGAAUAUUGCAGUUGGCGGCUAAUGAGAUCGCCAAGGGAAAAGGCGAGCCGCUGGUGGUGCAGAUGGAGCUGGAGAAGCCGGACAACACGGAGGCGGCGCUGCUGGGCGGCGACGCCUCGCCGCGCCGCUACGCCACCUCCGAGCUCACGCAGUUCUGGGUCGUGCUCAAGCGCACCUUGCUCUUCAGUCGGCGGGAUUGGACUCUGAUGUACCUACGGCUUUUCGCGCACGUGCUGGUGGGUCUGCUGAUCGGCGCGCUGUACUACGACAUCGGCAACGACGGCGCCAAGGUGCUGUCCAACCUCGGCUUCCUCUUCUUCAACAUGCUGUUCCUCAUGUACACUUCCAUGACCAUCACGAUCCUCAGCUUCCCUCUGGAGAUGCCCGUGCUAGUAAAAGAGCAUUUUAAUCGCUGGUACUCACUGCGCUCCUAUUACCUGGCCAUCACUGUCUCCGAUAUACCAUUCCAGGCGAUAUUCUGCGUGAUCUACGUGGUGAUCGUGUACCUGCUGACGUCACAGCCGCUGGAGUGGUUCCGGUUCUCCAUGUUCCUGACGUCGUGCCUGCUCAUCUCCUUCGUGGCGCAGAGCGUGGGACUCGUGGUCGGCGCCGCCAUGAACGUGCAGAACGGCGUGUUCCUGGCGCCGGUGAUGUCGGUGCCGUUCCUGCUGUUCAGCGGGUUCUUCGUGUCGUUCAACGCCAUCCCGGUGUACCUGCGCUGGAUCACGUACCUGUCCUACAUCCGCUACGGCUUCGAGGGCACGGCGCUCGCCACAUACUCCUUCGACAGGGAGAAGUUAAAGUGCACUCAGGCGUACUGCCACUUCAAGAACCCGCGCACGACGCUCGAGGAGCUGGACAUGGGACAAGCGGACAUCUGGCUGGACGUGGCGGCGCUGUGCGCCAUCUUCCUCGUGCUGCGCAUCUCCGCUUUCCUCUUCCUGCGCUGGAAACUCAAGUCCACCAGAUAAGCUACUCCGUGUCUUUAUAUACGUACUAUAGAUUAUCGUAUCACUCGAGGUAGCUUGUAUGUAUACAUUCGUGUGCCGUUCUCAGGCAAAUGCUAUC